AUUUUCGGCGGGGCGUCUGGAAUCUGGGUCCUAAUGGUUCCCUCGGACUCGCAUGAUCUAGGCGAUUCCUGGAUAGAAGUCACUCCACAAAGUUUGGGUUACAACCAAAAUGGUUCUAGUUAUUCAGGUUCUCAGGAACCUGGGGGUCUCCAUACCAUAGUUGAAGAAAGAUUACUAAGUCUCUUCCUCUCAGAAGCCCAAGAACAUUCAGACAGGGCAAGCGAUGGUUCUCUGCCUAGCCCAUUAUCACACGACGAACUUCACAGUGGUGAUACAUCUGAACAAUCUCACUCUACUUAUCAAAAUAUAAACUUUCCAGUUACAAGCUCUGGAGAAUGGGCUAGUCGACCUGAAAUUGGAGCGUACACUGCACUGGCAUGUCAGACAAAUGAUUCUAAAGAAAGCGUAUCCAGUCCUCCCAAUUGCUCAUCUCUAAUUAACGGCUCGUGGUAUCUACGCAACUCGGCUUUUAUGAAAUCGCGUUUCAUUGGUUGGUUGCUUGAUCAUAUUCCAAAUAUACUAAGCCAUGCGACUACAUUCCUGUUGGGAGCAAUUACCAUGCUUUUAUUCAUCCGAAAACGUGCAAGGUUCACAAAAGUACUAAACAUACCUUUGGAUUAAAUCACACAGUGAAUAAUCACUUGAUUUGACUAAUCAAAAAAAAUAUUUUUUACAAUAAAAUUCAUUCAUCAGUUUGUACACUCACAUUAUAAGUACUAAAGGUGACAUAGGUUUUCUGCUGGUUUCGUUUUGUUCUUUCUUUUAAUUACCUUUUGUUUUACCAUAUAUGUUUAACGUUGUGGUUGAUUAUUAUUGGUGUUUUUGGCCUUUAAUCAUAUUAUAAAUAUAUUUUUUGUUUGUUAUUAAUUCCAAACUUCAUCGCACAUAUAUUUGUAUACACAUUUGUGGUUCCUUUAUUUUGCAUACUAAAUAUACCUUUAAUUAUUAAUAAUAUAUCAGAAGUUGAGUAUAUAUUCAUUGUAUUCAUGAACGUAACUACUUUCACAUUCUUUGUUUUUUUUUGUCAUUAUCAAUAUUUUAUAUUUUCAUUUAUCUAAAUGAACAUUUACUUUUUCUAUUUGUGUCAGAGAAGUUUGAAUAUUUUUGCGCAAUAUUAUUAUUACUGUUAAUUUUUUUUUCUAUGAUAUAUGCAAACAUACUUUCGUCAUAUUUUAUCAUCUUCACUUUUAUUUCUUAAUGUUCUUUUAAAAUAGAUAAUUAAUAAUGGGAUCAUUUGCUUAUUUGUUUAACUAUUCUAAAGAUUAAUUAAAUUAUCUGUUCGUCAAUAUUUGUUUCUAUGAUGAUUAUCUUUUUUUUUACAGAAAAGAAUAUUUUUACUGUUCCUUUUUUUGUCUUUAUUUAAAAGUUUCUUCAUACUGGUGGUUUAUUCAAUAUAUUCCUACUUUAUUAACUUUUAGGAGAGAUUACAUAACAAUGCUUCCUCUUUUCAUAAUGAUGAUUAUGUCUGAUUAGUGGACUGGUAUAUGUAUGAUUUUUACUGCGUAUUGCCACCAUCUUGAUGGUAACUGUUCACCUAAGCUGGUAUAUCACAAAAUAUCAGUGACAAUUGGAACUUGUACAAUUAAAUAUCUAUAUAUAGUUAUUUCUUGCACUGUUUAUGAAACAAACAUUCAUCGUAUUGAUCGUUCUUUGUUUAAAAUUGCGCCGGCAUGCAGAUGUAAACAAUCCAGUUGAUAAUGCAUUGUUCUCAAAUCGCCUGGUGUACACUUGUUGUUUUUCUAAUGAACAAUAAUAUUUGUGAUUUAUAUGUGGUGUGUACGGAAUUAAUACGUUUCUUUUGUCGAUAUGUACUGUCUUAUAAAUAUUGGUUUGACUUGUAUAAAUUGCCAAACAGAAAAUAUCUUUAAGUGUAACUCAGGUUCUUUAUCAUUUGAUGAACUAAUUGAUGUAUGCUUAUGCUUAUCUGAUGCUUCCUAGUAAUUAAUAUUAAUUAUGCUAGUAUAGUCUAGAGAUAAAUAACAAGUAAUUUGUCACCAAGUGGUUCAGGGAUGUUUUUGGAAAGUUCCAUUUUGCUGUGCGAUCACGCCCCUUUCAUCUUUUUUUUAUUGAUCUCGUGCAAAAUAAAAAUGUUCUAAUCAUUAUUGCA